CAUUUCCCCAGUCGUAACUAUGCAUCUCAGUAGUUCUUCAAUGUACUUCGCAUCCGUGCCAUCGCAUUUGACUGGUUCUUGAGCGCCUCUUCUGCAAUCCUUUCCGUCAACGCAUCAUAGCGCAUCAUGUCUGAAUUCCCGUGGCAUCUCGGGGUGUAUGACGCCCAUUGUCAUCCAACCGACACCAUGUCUUCCAUCCCCGACAUUCCCAAUAUGAAGGCGAAGGCGUUGACCAUCAUGGCAACGCGCGGGGACGAUCAGCGCCUUGUGUCCGAGGUGACCGAGAAGUUUGGGGGAGAAGGACGCGUCGACGAUGGUAAUUUGCGCUCGAAUUGUCGCGUCGUGCCUUCGUACGGCUGGCAUCCAUGGUUCUCCCAUCAGAUAUAUGAUGACGCGGAAUAUGAAGGCUCCACGUGUUUGAACACCCAGCAAAAGGUCCAACACUAUCAAUCGGUGCUGAAUCCCAAGCCGGAAGAUGAGGCGUUCGUUACCGCGCUGCCAGAUCCGGAGCCCCUGUCGCAAUUGCUUGAUAGGACUCGGGCAUAUCUGGAGAGGGAUCCUUCCGCUCUGCUCGGAGAAGUUGGGCUCGACAAAUCAUUCCGUCUGCCUGAAGCAUGGUUCCCGGAUGAUCACCAACGGGAUGGAUCGUUGACACCUGGAGGCAGGGAAGGGAGGAAAUUGUCUCUUUACCGAGUAAGCAUGGAGCACCAGCGUAGACUCCUGAAAGCGCAACUUGGACUUGCCGGUAGACUUGGUCGGGCGGCCUCAGUGCAUGGGGUUCAAGCGCAUGGUGUUUUGUAUGAAACGUUCAAAGAGACAUGGAAAGGUCACGAACGGAAGCACAUCAGCAAGCGGGAAAAGAAGAGGCAAACACGAGAUCAAAUCGUCCUUGAUACUGUUGGCGACGAUGACAGGAAUCUAUCUGAAGAUGCGCGCGGAAGUCCCUCAGAUGUUCCAGCUGGGAAGCCGUUUCCUCCUCGCGUCUGUCUGCAUUCCUAUUCCGGCAAUCCACAGUCCAUUUCUCCCUAUCUCCAUCCGUCCGUUCCCAUUGAUUUCUUCUUCUCUUUCUCUGCCGCCAUCAACUUUUCUAUGCGCGAGUCAAGCAAAACGGAAGACGCCAUCCGCGCGGUGCCAGACGGCAGACUCCUCGUGGAGAGCGACCUCCACACCGCCGGCAACCGCAUGGACGAUCACCUCGAGCAGAUCGUGAGGAUCGUGUGCAAGUGCAAGGGCUGGGAGCUGGAGCAAGGGAUCGAACGGCUUGGGCGAAACUGGCAGCAAUUCGUGUUUGGCUCGGAUGAGAGCGAACCAUGAUAGGCUGCUCUCUACCACGAAUGCAUUUGAAAACACCAUCUCGUCCUUGGUAUCUUCCUGUCGUGUGAUUCAUUCGAACCAGGACAACCAUUGUUUAUCCUUCGAGCUCUACCGAUCUAUGUCUCGUCAGGUCUUUGGUGUGGUUGAGUUAUGGUUUGUUGUGGUUCAAUCGUGGUCAGUUGCGGUAUGGUGUGGUCUGGGUGGUUCGUUGCUAUGCGUACCAUCGGUACUGCUCGCUGCUAAGCGUGAUAUGAUAUACCAACUCCUGCUACUACCGGUACUGCUCUACUGCUAAGCCUGAUACAAUAUAUCAACUACUACUACCAUUGGUACUGAUCGCUACUAAGC